AUGGAUACUGCUAAAUGGCCGCAGGAUAUAGUGAUGAAACCAAUGGAAGAAAUAGUCACAAAUACAUGUCCAAAACCCUCUUUGGAAAGGAAAAUCAGGUCUCAGAAAGAACAAGUUGUGAAUUGCCCAAGGUGCAAUUCAACAAACACAAAAUUUUGCUAUUACAACAAUUACAGUCUCUCACAGCCAAGGUAUUUUUGCAAGACAUGCAGAAGAUAUUGGACUGAAGGUGGAUCUUUAAGAAAUAUUCCUGUUGGAGGGGGUUCAAGAAAGAACAGAAGAUCAUUGAACACUGCUAGUUCUUCUUCUUCUUCUCCUUCAGUUUCGUCGAAAAAAGUUCCUGAUCUAGUUUUACAAAACCAUAAAGUUCAUGGUAACCAAGAACUCAACUUGGAAUAUUCGACCCAGAAUGAUUUCAAGGCUAUAAAUGAACUGAUUCAAGUUCCCAACUUUGAUAUUAAUGGGAGCAAGGAAUUAAACAAUCCUUCUUCUUCUUCACCUUCAUCUCACCUUUCAGCUAUGGAACUCUUGACUGGAAUUUCAACAUCAAAUGGCUUAAAUUCGUUCGUUCCAAUGCUAAUUACCGAGCCAAAUACAGUUUACUCAUCCAGCUUUUCUUUCUUACCUGAUCAUCAUCAACCCUCUUUGAACUUUUCUUUGAAUGGAAACAUUGGAACUAGUACUGCUUAUGGGAGUUUCCAUGGAGUACAAGAGACAAAUGGGAAAGUUCCUUUUCCAUUUGAAGAUUUGAAGCAGGUCUCAAGCACCACCAAUAAUACAACCGAUCAUGCCGAGCUGAAUAGAGAUCAACAUGGAGAUUCGACUGGAUACUGGAAUGGAAUGAUAGGAGGAGGAUCAUGGUAA